CACCAGGGUUCAUGUUGGCCCCGGGGUGCAGACUGCUGAGGCUCUUUCUGAAGAUGUGAGCCAGGCACGGGGCACUGCAAUGCAGGACAGCUGACUCACCACCACAUCACAAUGGCCAGGCCUGUGACCACAACAGCCCCACGGCAUGGGUCAGGCUGUCUCAGGCACAAGUGUGGCAUGGGACACCACAGCAGCUCUCCCUGCAGCAGGGGCACUUGGGCUACAAGGGCAGGAACACCGUGCACGCUGGCAGAAGGAGGGAGCCUUGGACAUGGAACGUACGGUGUACCCAGGACAGGCCCCCGUGGAUUUAGACAUGUACCAGAGCUCCUACAUGGUGCACUUCCAGCCCUACGGGAAGCACAGAUACUCCAGGGCCAUGCCGGGAGAGCAGGCCAAGCUCGAUGCCCAGCUCCGUUACAAAGAGUUCUAUAGGCCUGUGGCCAGCCCCAACCCCAAGCUGGAGGACGGGUUCCCUGCCUUCGAAAGACCCCUCAUGACUGCCAGAGACCUGGGACUGCCCGGCUUCUUCCCUCCACAGGACUCUGGGGCCAGCGCGGAGUCGGAGUCGGGGUCAAGGUGUGUGCUGUCCAGCAUCUGCCCCUGGGCGUACCCGGCUUCCCCCAACCUGUGCCUGGCCCAGGGCGACCCCAAUAAGCUUCCCCAGAUCACCCACUUCCCGUGCCUCCUGGAACCCUGGCACCAACCUGCUGCAGCGGAAGGCAAAGGCUAUCUCCUGCUGCCCGGCUGUCCCUGUCCUCGUCACCAAAUGCUCAAGGUUCCCAUCUUGUAUCGGUGGGGGCCUCUCCUGCCAUUUUACCAGUAGGAGUGGCAAAGACACCUGCCAAGGGCUGUUCCCAGGGCACCUAGGAACCUUGUGCCCACUGCUUUGCCUUCGGGUACCCAGAGGGAUAUUGAAAAUAAAAGGGACAGAUUCCAAUGAGA